AGCUGAGCAAGACAUUCCAAAAAGAGUUCAGUGAUCAUUAUAGAUAUGUGUAAAUUUUAAGCAGAACUUAUGAACAACCAAAAAAAAUGAAUUUCGUUGUCAGCAACACAACUUACUAAAACAACUUCACUAACGUACUUGUUGGACAGAAAUAUUAAGGAAUACACUUGGCCUUGUCUGCUGCUGUUUUAGCCAUCUCGUGCUGCGCGGAUUCAGCACAACCUCACUGAGAAGGUGCAGGCACUUUGUAAACUGGUCUUGCACAAAGGCUGCACUUUCUCUCAAUGAAUACUGUGGUGCUGACACCACCAUGUGCAGUUCAUAGAAAGAAUGCUAGAGUGCAGCACCACAAAACUGGCUGACAAAGUGCUGGUGAAAUGAAUAGACCUUUGUUGUUUAUGAUAUGCAAUACAGGUUGCACUGCACAUGGAUGCCUUCAGAAUGCAUAUGUUCCGUGCAGGUGGACAUUGGACGAGGGCUUAUGGUCAAGAAAGGUGCAUGGGAACAUGUGCAGUCCCAUCAUAAGGAUUCCUUAUUUGUCAAGGACCUGCUAGUCACCAUCUGGUCGAAAGACAACCUUAAGGAGCGCUCCCUGCAUGGAAAACAUUGUCCACGGUACCCUAACCGUCCACGCAAGGCUCCCCUAACACCGUGGAAGUUGGACGUAAUGCGUGACUGCUACAGAGCACGUCUGGAGCAUCAAGGCGUGCCUGCAGGAGUACUGCCGUUGGCAGUCAAACAGAUGAACCACUUCAUUGUUGAGAAGCUUUCAGAUAUUGAGAAGCUUGCCAAGCGGGCGAAGGACAACCAGGGCGUUGCGGAAGUUUAACAGAGGAGGACCAUUGGUGCAUUUUCUAAAUAGUGUAAAUAUUAUGGAAUGUGUGAAUAAAUUUUCAUUCUUUCAUAUUU